AUGAAGAUCAAAGUCAAGCACUGGACAGGUGUCGCGUAUUGGGUAUGGGACCUCAAAGACCCUGAUGACAUUUGCGGAAUCUGUCAGAGCGGCUUUGAUGGCUGCUGCGCCAACUGCCGGGAGGGCGGCGAUCAAUGUCCCCUGCUGUUUGGAAAAUGUAGCCAUAUCUUCCACAUGCACUGCAUCAUCCGGUGGGUCGACUCGCAAAACCAGCAAAACGAGCCAAAGUGCCCCAUGUGCAAGCGUGAUUGGCGUGAGUGUGCGAGCCGCCAGAACGGGAGUACUGGGACGAGGAUGGAAGCUGACAGCUGCGCUGUUUGCCCACAGAGGUCGUGCCUGCAGGCAAGGAUGGCAAGGAAGAGUCAGAGGCAGCGGCAGCGACAGCGGGCACGGCAGAUACCCGCGGCGAGGACAGCCUCAUGGCAGACGGCAGCGUCAGCGGCCAGAGCGUCACCUCUUGAGCCGCUGUGCUAUACUGGGGUAGAAGAAAUGGGGGCGAGUGUAUCUAUAGUUUCUUGUAAUUGUAACACUUGCUUGCUUCAAUGA